AUGGUCAAUUGGUUGCUCUGGAACUGGAAAGCAGGGUUCAGUGGUCGUGGCACCAGAGGUUUCAAAGUGCAUAUCGAGGUACAGACAUACUCAGCUUUGGAACCCUUGGCUGACGGAUGCGAUUGGCAGGAAACCCUUGAAGAGUUCAACGCAUCUCGCGAAAUCGCCGCCAUGAAGGCACGCCUCGACCAACAACAGGAGGAUAUCGAAGAUAACAGCGAACUGAUCACCAUAUCCGGUGCCCAGAUUUCCGAGCUGGAGCCUGUUGUUGACAAGAUCGAGGAAGAGUUACCGAGUGUCAAGGAAAAGCUCCACGCCUACUGCAAGAAAAGGCUUGACGCGUUCUCCGAUGAGCUUGACGAUAUGGCUAGGGUCGACAGUGACAAGUGGAGCCGUAUCAACGACCGCGGUAUAAUGUCCGAGUUGAUCGACAAGGUGUCGGAUGAGAAUGCCAAGCUCAAGGAGCAGAUGAAAAAGCAGAACUCUGUCCUCCUUAAACAGGCGAUCGCCCUCAGAGAGGAGAAGGAUGCCAACGCGCAGCUCAAGGCCGGCGUGGCCAGCAUCAUGCGUCGACUUGCCGCCGUCGAGGACGUCGUCCACCCAGACAUGUGUGAGGCGGCUGAGAAGAAGCUUGGAGAAUUGGGCGUCUCAGAUACUCAGUGA